UAUGACGCUUAUUUCUUUAAAAUAUACUUUUUUUGUUUACAGAAAUGCGUCUGCUUCGUCUGUUUGUGGGAGGAUGUGAUCAUGAUUCAUAAAUUGAAUGUCAUAAUUAAGUUUUAUCGCAUCUCCCUUUUUAAAUAUGUGACAUGUUAUCUUUUUGUUUUAAGAAAGUAAAAAAGAUAACGCGUUUAAUCAGUUUGUUUCUAAAUGACGUAAUUCAUUGCUUAUAAAAUCUCCAGCAAAACUAAAAAAAGUCCUUUUUAACUAUCAUAACAAACCUGCACAGGUUUGAAAUUUUUUAAAAACUAUUUAUUGAUUUUAUUCAACUGUUACUCACUCUAUACUGUUACUUAAUUUAUAUUACCAGGAAUCUCUGUUUUUCAUAUUUUUAAAGAAAUGGCUUUACAGUCUGCGAUGUUCGUUUUAUGUGCUAUCUGCUUAAGCAUUGUCAUCCCAUCUUCAGCUGUCAAUGUUCUGUCUGUCUCUGAACGAGAAAUCUCCUUCAAUCUACACACAAAUGCAUCUUUUAACUUGAAUUCAAGCGAACCAGUAUCUGAAAAUGUUACUAUUUGGUUUGGCUAUACGGAUGGUAAUAAUUUGUAUCCAUUGCCGAAUAGCACUUUUGUUGAAAAUGGAACUCUGAUCGAUUUAACUUUUACUCUUGCGGCAAAAGAAGCUGGGCAUACAACUGUAAUCGCUAAAGUGACGCCACCUAUACUAAUUGUUAAAGACGCAUAUAUUAGAGUUGGUGUGUACAAGUAUGAUGCUUGGAAUGUAAUUAGCUCAAUAAUUGGAUGGUUAUAUUUCAUUGCCUGGUCUGUUUCAUUUUAUCCUCAAAUCAUUGAAAACUACAAAAGGAAAAGUGUGAUUGGAUUGAACUUUGAUUUCCUUGGUUUGAAUUUGACUGGAUUUAUAGCCUAUUCUGUUUUCAAUAUUGGUUUGAAAUAUGUUAAAGAAGUUCAGCUUGAAUAUCAUACAGUGCAUCCUACUGGAAUUAUACCUGUUGAAACCAAUGAUGUUGUUUUUGCUGUUCACGCAGUAUUUGCUACUCUUGUAACAAUUUUCCAGUGUUUUAUUUAUGAACGAGGAGAUCAGCUGAUUGCGAAGUCUACAGUUGCAAUACUUGCUCUUGUUUGGUCUACAGCUGGAGUUUUUCUUUUGCUGACUGCUUUGCACGUUAACAAAUACACUCCUUGGUUGACCUUUUUGUAUUUCUUUUCCUACGUAAAGUUAGGAGUUACUCUGACUAAGUACAUUCCUCAGGUUGUGUACAAUUACCAAAGAAAAUCAACAGUUGGUUGGAGUAUAGGCACUGUUUUAUUUGAUGUUGUUGGUGGUCUCUUUAGUAUUGGACAAAUGUUUAUAACAGCUUAUAACUUUGAGGACUGGUAUUCUUUUGUUGGCAACUUCACGAAAUUCGGAUUGGGUGUUGCAUCUUGUACAUUCGACGUCAUUUUCAUGAUUCAACACUUCUGCUUGUACAGACACAAUCACCUGCCAAGUGACGAAAGUGCUCUGAUUGCAUAAAAUUGUUGGCAAGAACAACACAAUUUCAAAGAAUUUAAAUGCGUGCUAGACUUUCCUAAACUGAGGUCGUCCUGCUUUUAUUGUGAAAUUACCUUGUGAAUCUUCUUUUAUUCUCUUAUAUAAUUGUGAUAUUUAAAAAACUUUUUUUUUCGUUAUUUAUUUUUUGUUUGUACUCAUGUUGGUGUUUAUCUUUGAUGCUACCUACAAUCGAUGAAAUUUCGUGACAUGAAGUUUUUGUAGCGAGCUGCUAAUUCCUUCAACUUUUUAACAAUCGUUUGACAUUUUUCGAACAAUCACGUUCAUAAUUUUCAUGUGACUUUAUUAAUCUCUAUUUUAUAAUGUUUCUUUUUAUCAAGAUUCAGAAUAAUUCUGUCAGAAAAACAAAUUGCAACAGAAAAAGUUACAAUUUUAAAGAUUAAUAAAAUUCAGUUAAUGAUUUUUAGAAAAUUAUAGAACAUUCUUACUGGAUCUAGUUUGACUGUUCUUAAAAUGCACCAAUCAGAUUCCCUAUUUCUAAAUUAUAUUCCAUAUAAAUUUUUAGUUGAAUAAAAAAGUUGUAAUUAAAAAAUACAGUCAGUAGAGCAUUUGAAAAUAUUUUGUACAAACAUUUAAAGAAAACAUUGUAAUCCUACAUAAAAUCGUUAGUUAAUUAACAAGAAAGAUGGAAUAUCUCCUCUUUUCUCUUAAAGAUUAAACUUUUACUUGUUUGCAAACGGUAGCGAAAGAACAUUUCUAGUCAUGGAACUCGAAACUUAUGAAACGCGCUCCAAAAAUUCCUAGUCAUGGAAUUCACCUAAUAUUUAAUCAUAAAUAAGAAUAAUCUUAUUGAAAAACUGUUUUAAAUAGUUCAAUCAAUUAACGACUCAAUUAAGUAUAGUUGGCAUUAUUUUUUUCAUUUAACUAGACAAAAUUUGUCUAGAUAAUUAUUUUUACACCAGAGGUAAUGCAAACUCCAGACGGUUCCUCUAAUUUUUUUAAUAACUUAAUUUCUUCAUCGUUUAAGCAGUAAUUUUACGGAAUCUGAAGACACUGCCUGACGAUGUAGUUUACAUAAAAAUUAACCAAUUCCGAUUAACCGAUUUUUAUGUAAAUUACAUCUCUCUGUGUAAAUAGAAUUUGCUAAUUUUUAUGAAAACUACAUUUAAUGCUCAAGUUAUAUGGCGCAUUUAAAUUAGUUAGAAAAAUAAUGGCACAUAUUAUAGAAAAAGUUGCCUGUCCCUGGUUUAGACCAAAAAGAUUGUUUUUUGGUAAUUUUUUUCCGCACAAUUAAUAAUUAAAAUGCAAUCUUUAAUCGAUUGUUUGCCAGCUAUAUUAAUUAAACUUAAUCAUUUAAAUAUUCUAGUAGAAUUUUGUCACCAAAUUUGCCCUUUAUUAGCAUUUCUAGUGAAAUUACUAUUGGUUUAGAAGCAUUUGCAAAUAUUAACACAAUUAAAAAUUUGCAUCAUUCGCAGCUAUUUUUAUUCUAUCUAUAUGAUUUGCUAUUGUAGAAUUGUAGUUAGAUAUGUAUAUGAGCAUCACAUUACACUUUAUUUCAUUUUCUAAUAAUUGCUUAAAUUGUAAAAGAAUCAGUUGUUAUUAAUACUGAAUCUAUAUUCUUCUUACAGUAAUUUUGACUUUACUACAUGUGGUAAUUUUUACAUGUGAUCUUUUUUAGACACCUCGCUGCUUUAUUUUAAUGAAAAUAAUGUUUUGUACUACAUAUGCAUGCAAUGUAAGUACCUUUAAUGUUUCUUACUAAUGCUCAAAAACUAUUUCUUUUUCUUAGAGUGCCAUAAGGUAUAUUUUUUUAAAUAGUUUCAUUUAACUUUUUGCUACUUAGUUUAAUAGUUAAUUCAGGUUAAACAAUUGAAUGUAAUCGUAAAAAACAGUUGCUUUUUGUACUUAUUACAGAAAUAAGUGUUUUGGUUCAACCAAAAAGAAAAAACUGUUUUUAUAUAUUUUAUUGCUUUAAAUUUAAAAAUAAAGUGUUUAAAAAAAUAGCGAUUUUUUUUGUAAAAGACUUUAUAAUGGAAUCCUAUACUAAAUCCUAGUUUAAAAUUUUAAAAAAUGUUAAAAUUUGGCUUUUUUUUUAAUCAGAAAAAAUUUAAACUUGAUAUCUAAUUAAACUUUUGUUAGUUUUUUAAUUGUGGAUUGUAAUUAAAAAAUUAUUACGAGAUUAAUUUGGUUUAGUUUAAACUAACAUAAAAUUGAUAAAAUUUGCCCUUUUCUAUGAGAAAAAAAAAAUUCAUCUCAAAAAUCCGUUUAAAUUUGUAACAAAUAUUUGUGCAUUGUGAUUCAAAGAGUUGAUUAAUAUUGUACAUAUGUUUUUAUAAACGAAAUAUUUGCUCAACUAGAUCAAGAAAUGUUUAGCAGUUUGUUAAUUUUAAGACAUGUUGAAAUUAUAUACAAACAUUUUUAAUGAAUCUUUUACUUUUAAAAAAGAAAAGUGGAUUUUAUCAGAAGUAACCCCUUUUUAUUUCUAUGCAUAAAAAAUAUUUAUAUGUCACAUUAAUAAGUUCCCCCAUAAAAAGUGAUUUUUGUACCGGUUUGUAUUUAAACUUGAAAAAAUUGUAAUAAAAAUAAAUCGACUAUGCUUAGUUUUAGAAAUAUAUACCCUACUGUUCACCAAAAAUAUCUUUGAAAAUAUACCACGUCCUUUUGGUAAUUCAUGCUGAAUGUACCAUAACUUCGUCCAAGUAGACUAAACUUUUAAACUAAUAUAUGAUAAAUUGAAUUAGUGGGCUUUACAAUCUACUACAGUAGUUUUAGUAAUUAAAUAAUAGAAAUCUUUAGGUAAUUUUUUUGUAAUGAUUGUUGAAAAGCAAUAUCCAGCUUCACCAUCUUCCUUGAACUUCUAUAAAUGUUCCCAUCUCUUCUAAAAUUAAAAUAUUUUAUUGUAAAUAUUACUAUUUAAACUACAUUAAAUGUUUUCUUUUCUAGAAAACUUAAUUUUUUAUUAAAAAGAUUCAAAUGAGAAAACUUAAAAAAGAAAAAACAUUCGUUACAGGGUAUAAGCAUUUUUAAGCUUUCACAAUUUUUUUUUUAAAAAAUUAUAGUACUUAUAUGAUGAUUACUUAGCAAUAGGAUCCACCUGGUACAUAAUCAAUUAUAUAAUAAUCAAUUAUAAUAAUAAUCAAUUUUCUUCCGACGGAACUCCAACUUUAGAAAUAAAGUAAAAGACAAUCUAGAACGUAUUAACAAUUGAAAAAAAAAGGAAUGAAAUUUUUUUCGUUUUAUCAUUAAUAAUCUUAAAUUUAGGUUUUAUUUUCGACAGUCGAGUUUUUAGUCUUGGAGCUGCAUUGUCUAGCUAAAAAUUUGUUUUUGUAUUGCAAUAAAAUGAAAAAAUAAAAAGAACUGCUAUAAAUAUUGAAACAUAUUUCUUCAACGCAUUUAGUAACUUUAUUUUAAUUUGAAAAGUCCAGUGUGAAAUACAAUUACAAUUUUUAUUAAUGCGUGUAAUAUAUUUUUUUAAAUUUUCCACCUCUCACUGGCAUUUUAUUUUUAAUAAUUUUGUACAGGCGAUUGGAAUAAUGGAUUAUUAAUGGGAUAUAAAAAGGUUAAAAAAAACUGUUUAAAAACAGUCUUGGAAGGUACCUCGGAAUACAAUUUGGGAAUUGCUGGUUUAAUGUGUACAAAAGUUGUAUUUCAACAUGCAAAAACUUCACAGGGUAAAAAAAAUCCUGAUUUAAAAACUUAAUCAGAGAUCACUGAGUCUAAUUAAGGUUGAAUUUGAACCUCCAUUAAAACAAUUUUAUUUCUUUAACAAAUAGUUACAAUAAAAAAAAAAUUUGCUUUUUAGGAAACAAUGUUAAUUUAAAUUUGAUUAUAUAUUGUAAUUUAAUCAGGAAACCUGCUUUAUCCGGUCAAUGCUUUCAAAGGUAUGCAUUUGUAAACAAACAGAGCAAGAUAUUUGUCUUUCAAUUAUUUCAAAAUCACACAAUUCUAACCGAUUAAGUAUGACGGUGACAAAUCAAACAAUUUUUUAAUGAAAUUGUCAAUUAAAGUUUGGUUUUAUUUGUAAAUAUAUUGGUAAAAUUAAUAAUUAUUACAAUUGUGUGUAAACUACUCAACACUGUGUACAUAAACUAUUGCUUGUUGGUUUUUCUCUUUCUUCUACUGUAAAUAUAUCGUAUUAAAAAGAGCUAUAUUUUGUUCACUUUAACCCUUUAUGUCUUGAUAGGAUAUUUAUUUGAUCAUUUAAUGCAACAACAAAAAACGUUCCAAUAUUGAACAUAAAGGGUCAAUUUAUUAAGAAUCAAAUCUAGAGUUGUAUAAUUGAUUAAGGCAUGCAAAUAUUUGUAGAAUAUAAGCUUCGUUAAAAGACUUGCACGUCUGUUUUAUUCUUUGUUUGUAUAGCAGGAGCACUAUAGAACCAAAAGAGAUAUUGGGUUCCUUUGUUUUUAUGUUAUAGUUGCAUGUAUCAACUAUAUUUCAAGUGUAGCUUAUCAGAAUAAAACUCUUACGAACUCCA